ACCCACGCCGGGGCCCAGGUGUGUUUUCGGGCUCGCCCCGCCUCGCCCGGUGCUGCGGGGGCGGCGGGGAGGAGCGACGGGAGCGGGAGGCCGGGAACGAUGCCGCCGGGCUGAGCCGCUGGAGACCUGCGGAGGGAUGGACGUGGAAGGUGUGACUGACAUCAGAGCUCUACGAGCAAAAUUUCAAAAUGACUCUAACUUGGCCAACAAGCUGGUGCAGCCACGCAAGAAGCUUCCCCCUAAGAUUGCACCCAAACCGGGCUCUAGAGGUAACGCCGUGUCCAGCCCUCUGCCUCUGAGUAAGAGAGAAGUGAUAACACCAAAACCCAAGGAUGAACCUGUCCAUCCUGCCUCCCAACCCUCUGCACUCACCCAAUGCAACCCCUUGGCAUGGCCAAGAGCCAAGCUGGGUUACAUGGAGCCAACAGAGCACAAUGAAGAGCAGAAAGGCAACAACUCAGAGAAAGGGCUGAGCUCUCCCAAGAGUGGUCCAGAGAAGCCUCUGCCAUCCUAUUGCGUUGAUUGGCAAGGAUCAACCCAAACAGCCCCAGAGGACCCUUCGCUCUCAAAUUCUUUCCAGCAUGCCCUAAAGAUCUGGGAAAAUGCUUUAUCCUGUGGUGAGAAAGCCAAUGUAAUACUCCCAACCCAACGGGCAACAAACUUGUAUGUGCACCCUUGCCCGGAGCAGAGGGCGAUGCGUGCUCCAACUGCAUCGGGUGGCAGGACUCAACCCUCUGGAAGCAAGCCCGUGCUGGACCUGCCUGCCCAGAAGAAGGAUGCUCUGCGUGGUCGUGGGCUGGCUCUUCCUCAGGCAUCCAGAGGACACAGAGGCUCUGAUGGAGUUGUUCCUGAGAUCGCGGUGGCAACUGCAUUCUGCCAGCUGGGUUAUCUCCCACCAAAAAAGGAACCUCAGCACCAGAAAGGGGAGCGCCUCUCGCCGCUGCGCUGA